AGAUGCAAAAUAUGCAUCAGAUCAUCAUUGCUUGUGUCCUAGACAGGGAUAGAGAGAAGAAUAGAAGAUGAUUGAGAAUACAACAGGGCAAUCCUCAUAGUGUAUCGCUGGAGAGUACAGCAAAUUGUUCACCCAAAAGUAGGUAAAGAAAAAGUAGUAAAAAUCAUGAUAGAAAACAAAUUUGAUUAGUUAUUAGUACUAUGAGUGAUAAAGAAGGUAAGAAAAUGAUUGUUAUUGUGUCUUUCUGACUACUAGUAGCAGUACAUACAAAUCUGACUUUGAUAAAAGCACUCCCCGCCCACUGGGCAUUCUUCUUCUUUCUUAUCAACAAGUAGUUUUGAAACAUAGAAAAAACGAUGUUACAAAAUAUUUUUGCUGCUCUUAGUAUAAUUAGUAGUACAGCCACUAAAUCCACCCCACAUAGAAAGAGCCAUUGGGUACACAUGCUCCAAAAGCAUAUCUCAUAGUUGCAAGUUUGGUCCAUAUUUCCUUCACUUGCUUCUGUUCUCAUCUUCUGUGUCCAAUGGAGUUUUGUUUUACUUUGCAUCCAACUGUACUGUUGGAGCCCUUGGUACUGGCUUAGAAGUAUAGAGAUAGACCAUAUUUUGCUAAUUUCUGGCCAUGCUCCUGUGCACUUUGGGUGAGAAUUGUCUUCUGAUGGUGCAAGGUGGUCCUCUUUUACUUAGUAGUUAGUGAAAUGAGAAUGCUAAGUAAUAAUACUAUUGCAAACAUCUCAACAAUAUAUUCUAGUGGAAUCCAGUGGUUCCCGUCAUUAAUUUAAUGAUCCCAUCCGUAUUUGUAGUUUGGAUAUUAUUUCAACAACAAAUCUAUUUGCUUAUCAUAAUUUUAGGUGUUUUUGCGUUUGAUGUCUAAAAGAGGGGGAGCGCUGUGAGGCGUUUUCCCUAUGCGUCCUCUUCCGCCGUUUCAGCAGGCAUUACGGUGUCAGCGCCGACCUCGUCUCCCUUUUCGGCAUCCUUGGCGGAAUCUUCGGCACCGGUGGCCUCCGGUUCGGCCGGAGUGCCCGUCUCUGGAUCGUCAUCGACGGCCGCAUCUUCCCCAACCGAGCGCUUAGAUCGKUUUCCGUUUCCGCGUCUGUGCCUCUUUUCCCACUUGGCGUGCCGUCCGCUACAGACAAAAUGGAGGAGGCAUGCAAACGAUGCGAUCCAAAUAGCCGUGCUGACUGCCGCAACAGAGCCCCAAAUGACUUCCGGGCAAUCGUCCCAGUAAUUGCUCUCAACAACAUCAUACUCAAAUCUGUCAUCUUCUUCCCCAAAAUAGAUCGCGUUAAAGUAGUCAUCAUCCCGGUAAUCAACAUACCAUUCAAAUGGGUAACACCAUUCAGCUCUUCUCCAGACGAUGAAUAUCCAGAUCGAGGUAAACAGAUUCAUGAAUGCGGCCAAUGCAGUCACGAUUAUAGACGCCAGAAACCCGAAUUUGUUUUGUCGACAGCACCAAAUGAUCUGAAGCACAAUCAUAGCUACACCGCUGAUGAUCAAGGUUACCCACCAUAUCCACGAGAACAGAACCGCUACAACGGCCAAGAUCUGUGCYGAUAUAGGCCAGGGAUCAUCGUAUGGUCUAUGACAUGCGUGCGCAUUGUUGUUUCGUGGAAUCGCAAGGGAACGAAACAAAAGAGAAGCGGGUGAGCGACAGAGGAACGAACAAAACAUUUUACCACGGGUAUGCAAAACCGAUCCGAUCCGAUUCGAACCUGACCCASGAUUAGACUCACAAACACAUGCACCGCUGACCACCAGUUCCACCGCAGCACCUAGUCAAACCAUCGUCGAAAUUGUCAUCCUCCUUUUCCUUUUCACCACAGCAGCUCAUUUCAAUUUUAUUUCUUGUGAUCAAUAGAUUUGCUACUCUAUUCUGCGUCGACAAAUGAGACAGGAGGGUAAUCCGAUGUCAAGAUCAAUUUGUCGUAAUACACAUUUAAUUUUGUGUCGACAAUCGACAUACUUCUUCAUUUUUCAAAUUAAAAUCUGUUUUUCGAUAUCAAUGAUCUUGAAGUCUCUGCGUUGAGAGCUUCGAUCUCGCAUAAAAACGGUUCCCAUCGCGUUCAGUACGUUAGUUCGUACGAGUCAAACCCGUACGGAAUAAAGUUCCUGGUACUAUCAAACAUCUUCGCCGGAAGUUGUCAUGAGUCGCACGCACGCAAGGUCUCCAAAGUAUGUGUUACGGAAGCAUCGCUAUCGAAGAUGUAUUUUAAAAAAAAAAGUAUUUAUGUAAAGUGUUGAAGUAAAGAACGUUCAGGAAGAGCGCGCCGGCACUUGCUGAGACCUGCCUGUACGAGAUUGAUUAUGUUUGGCCCCCGAAGCAAUAAGGGAAAUACGGUGAAUUGGGGGAUGAGAUCUCUAUCCCUCUAACUGACGAUACAACUUCGUACUUGUACCGAAGAACUGAAGAGGUGUUAUGAAAAAACUUCGAUUUCCAACCACCGAACAAUCACCAUGGCUGCCGCAGUCAUCGUCCUCACUCCUCUCAAACCGUUUGAAAUCAAGAGGGCGCGAUUAAAAACACACUCUUUCCACACCACCUUUCCAGCAUCGAAAAUAGCAGAUUUCAUCAGAAGCAAACCAUGGUGAAGCGCCAAAAGGAAAAGCAAUAUCUCUCGGCGAGGGAACAACGAGAGCAGGGACGAUCGCGAUCGAAUCUCAGUGCAUCUUCCGCCGCCUCUACAGGAGUUGUGCAAAAGUCUCUCCCCUUCAAGUGCUGUGCCCUGACGCUGGUCCCUUUUGAAACCCCCGUUUGCACGAUUGUGGAUGGUACCAGCACCAAUAGCGACGGGAGCAGCAACAAACAAAACAACAAAUACGGAAUCGUCUUCGACAAUACCUCGCUUAUGGAAUUURUCUUGAAACACAAAAAGGAUCCAGUCACGGGAAACCCCAUGAAUUCCUCAAAGAUUAUUAAGCUGAACAUGGACCGAGAUUCGGAAACGGGGGAGUGGCAGUGCCCGGUGUUGACGAAGGCCUUUUCGGACCACAACACCAAGAUCGUGGCAGUGAUUUCUCCCAGCGGGGGCAACGAGGCCACUGUCUACAGCUACGAGGCAUACCACGAGCUCAACGCCAAACCUAAGAACUACGUGGAUCUAACGACCGGGCUGAAGUUUUCGCCCAAAAAGGACGUGAUACUGUUGAACGAUCCAUCAAACCUAACCUUCCAGAAGAAUGUCCGGGACGUUUCGACCUUUUGGCAUAUACGAAACGCCCGAUCCAAGAAUUCCGGCAGAGGUGCCAGCGACAGCAUUCGAAAGUCGGUCACAGCGACUCGCGUCAUGGAACAGAUCCAAAAAGCAAGAGUCGAGAAGGAGCGAAAGCAAGCCGAAGCCAAGGAGAAGGCGGCCGAGGAAGAGGCCGAGAGUGAUGGAUUUUCCUACGAGGUUCCGGGAGCAAACCUCCCGUUUCGGGUCCCGACCGAGGACGUCACGGGGGUCAAGUAUUCGUCUGGGGAAGCCGCCGGGGGACUCACUAGCACAGCGGGGGGGACCGUUGGGUCAGAGGGUGAUCUGCGGACGGCGACGCCAGACGAAAUCCUGGAAUCUCGUUGCAGGGUCAUGGCCUCGAAGGCCAACAAGGGGAAAAAGGGAUAUGUUCGUCUGAUAGUUCAAAUCCAGAGGCGGCAGGCGACGUCACUAUCAUCGUCAUCCAGGGCAGAGAGUACAUCCGUUGUAAUUCCAUUGUUGCUUGAAUUGCACUGCGAUAUGGUACCGAGAACCUGUUCCAACUUUUUGGGACUGUGUCGGAAACAGAGAUACAACGGGGCCGUCUUCCACCGGUGGAUUGCAGAUUUCAUGAUCCAGGGAGGUGGAGAAAAGGGGAAGCAAGAGAUUGGGAAGAACAUAGACGAUGYAAAUGGUAUAAWACCCAAAAGUAAUGGCAGUGACAGUAGAGAUGUGUGCUUGUGGGGCCCGGAGGGAUUCAAGGACGAGUUCGACGACCGUCUGACACACACAGGUGAGGGAGUUUUGGCAAUGGCGAAUGCCGGGCCCCACACCAACAAACAACAAUUCUACAUUACACUUGGGAAAAAUAGGCCAUGCCCUCACCUAGAUCGGAAGCAUUCGGUAUUUGGAGCAGUUGUCAAGGGAUUGGAGGACUUUUCGAGAGCCCUGGCCGAGAACGUCCAAACCGAUGCCAAAGACCGGCCGUACGUGGAACGCACGGACCUCCGAACGGGCGAGACUAGUCGAAUUAGUGCGGCAGUGGUGAUUCUGGCGACAGAGGUCCUGGAGGAUCCUUCCAAGAAAGCUCAAGAAGAGGAGGACCUACGAUUGACGGGGCUGCACGAAGCCCGGAAAGCUUUGGACCAAAAGCGAAAACGGAUGAUUGGCGGAAGCAGUACUAGCAACCAUAGUAGCGGCGACAAGAAAUCAUCGAAGAAAAAACGCACCAAAGGUGACACGAUGGGAGUCGGGAAAUACCUGAAAAUAUUCCAGGACAAGGGAGGGAAUACCGAAGACGGAGCAUUCUCUAAAACCGACAAUCGGCAUGCGAUAGGGAUUGAUUUGGCACCAAAAGGAAGUACGGAUCUAUCAGUCCUGUCAGAUAUUCCAGCUCUUGGAGAGAUGGUUGCACCCGCUAAAAAGAAAAAUGCAAAGUUCGGAGAUUUCAGCUCUUGGUGAAUGAGAUGCCUGAUCUACUGCUGCUUAAUUUUGACAUAGUAUUGGAAUUUUCAAGCCCUGAGUUGUGGCACUAGAUGACCAGGAGAAUUGAAGCUUCUUGCGGCACCAUUUUUGAUAUUUUUGCACUUCCAAGUUAUGUGACGUACGAUUAAUUGCACUUAGCCUAAGCGAGUCCGCUCUGUUCAAUCUUCUUCUUGUACGGUGCAUGAGACUUACUUCCGUACUACUUCUAGCAUCACAUGAAAUGGCGGGAGAAAAAGAUGUUGCCACCGGGGGUCAAUUAUGAACCUAGAUACCAGUACGUACGUACGUACAUACGUACGAAUACUGCUGUGAUUACUGUAAUGAGUAAUGAAGAAUACGGAACUUCAUACCAGCGAUGACUGUACAAUACGUKGUGWGCCUAAAUCACGAGUAGAUAGAUAGUGAAUAAGCUCACUCUUUAUUG